CCAGUUACAAAAAAAAGGAGAGACUUUUAGAAGAGCGACACACCGAUCAUUGCGCCAAAACCAAAGGCUCUAUUAAUUGUCCCCCACUGUCUCUUUUAAGACACGAACUUUAGAUAGAUAAAUGGAUCCUCCUAUAUCAGAUCCUGACAAAAUCAACGACCAGAAAGAAGGAGGACCUUCUUUCCACUGUGAUCUCUACGACACACAACUCGUCCACAAAAUAUCUCAAACCUUCCUCCCUGGCCUAGCCACCGCUUGUGUCGACAACACAACAGGAGACAUCUUCAAGACACCAGGCUCCGUAGCCGCGGAAAUCAAAACAGAAAUGAUUCAGUAUCUAAACCAGAGAAGCGAAACCUUUGUAGCUGAACACAUUGUUCUCCAAGGCGGUGAUGGUGGUUCAGAGACUGAACCUUCUCAUGACCCUUACGACAUUGUAUCUGUUUUCAUCGAUGACUUCGCUACCUCCAAGAGGAACCUCUUCAGCCGCGUCUCUGGUUGGUUGCUUAGUGAGAGGAGAGAGGACAACAUUGAUGAUUUCGCUCAGGAGAUGGAAGUAAGCGGCUUCUGGUUGAAUGAUCACAUUGAAGGAAUCGCGCAGACGUUGCUUAAGAACGUGGAUUUUAAAGGACUUUCUCAUUGUGAGAUGAAGUUUAGAACACAAGGAGAGCUCGAGGAGCAUGUUUUGGAUUGUGGUUAUAGAACGAUGAACUGUGAGAACGAAGGAUGUAAUGCGGUUUUCUGUGCGAAUCAGAGGGAGAGUCAUGAUUCUGUUUGUCCGUUUAAGAUGAUACCGUGUGAGCAGAACUGCGGAGAGAGGAGUAUCAUGAGACGUGAGAUGGAUAGGCAUUGUAUUACUGUGUGUACUAUGAAGCUUGUGAACUGUCCGUUUCGUGGUGUUGGUUGUUUAGCUGAUGUGCAUCAGUGUGAGAUUCAGCAGCAUCAUGUGGAGAAUGUGGGGUCGCAUUUGAUGUGUGUUCUUAAGAGUAUUUAUAAAGAAGCUUCUCUGGAUGAUCUUAAACCUCGAGCUGAGCAGAUACAGCAGUUGUCUGCGAGGUUGUCUGAAGCUCGAAAUGUAAGAGCACUGACGAAUCUAGUCAAGGAGAUUGAUGCAAAGCUGGGGGCUUUAGUAAUCAAACCAAAGAGUAAACCUGACGAUACAGAGAAGAAAGCUUUAGAAGAAGCUGAGAUCAAAGCAAAACCAGAGACAGCUGGUGAAAAGAUUCCGGAAGAUAAUGUGGUUUCAAAGGAAGCAGAGGUUGUGGUAGAUGAUGCAAAGGUGGAAGAAGUUGUGAAGAAAGUUUCUGAAGCUGAGAUAGCAGAGAAUGUUAACAAAGAAGGCGAGUCAAAAGCUCAAAAGCUUUUAGAAAUGGAAGAGUUCAUCAAAGAAGGAAAUGACAACACGGCAGCUGAUUUGUCAGAGAGAACUGAAACAAAAGCUCCAGAAGUUUUGGUCAUGGAUGAAAAUAAGGAAGAGAGUCCAGAGCCAAAAAAGACAAGAACAAAUGAAACCAAAGGUUUAGAGACUGAAGUCAGUGACGUGACUGAUAAAGAGAAUAGCGAGCUUAAGAUAUCAGGUGAAACCAAAAGCGAGGCUCCCGCAAGAAUAGUCAUGGAGAAGAAGGAAAAUGAGGAGGGAGCUGAGACAAAACAGAGAAUAACAAAUGAAACCAGAGGUGUAGAGACUGAAGUCAAUGACAUGAUUGAUGAAGAGAAUAGAAAGACAAAGAUAUCAGCUGAAACCAAAAGCAAAUCUCCCUCAAAAAUAGCCAUCAUGGACAAGAAGGAGAAUGAAAAGGAAGAAGCUGAGACAGUCAACUUAACUGCUCGUGCUUCUGAUGAAGCUGAAGCAUUGUCAAAGAGUUCAAAAGGAUUCUCUAAAGCACAAGCUGAAACCGAACCAAAUCUGUCUUGACAGCUCUUGAGAGACCAAACUUAACAUGAAGUGUGUUUUCUUUCCCCCUCUUAACAAGAUUUUGUAUGUUUUAUCUUUCAAUAUUGUUUUAAGUCAUCAAAUGUAACCCAGUUUUGUAUUCACUUCAUCAA